AUGGAUUUCCAACAUUUCGCCCCGCGGAUUGACAAAAUCCCCAAACGUUCACGGAAGGAUACCGUCAAAAUCAUGUAUUGGAACAUGAUCCGCGAUUGCUUCACCAUUUCAACGUGGCUCGCGAUCGGAGCCGUUAUCCAGGGCCUCUUGGUUGUCUUUGUUCGACCAACGUAUGCGGUUGCUCCGGCAGCGCUCAUUUUGUUAUAUAAGCUAUCGCGGACUAUCCUCCAGAGCUUCGGUCUUCUCCAUAACCCUUAUAUGGACGAUGUCAUCAUGGGCAAAUUCUCGGCGCAGCAUGGAGACGCGGCUGGCAACGCGCCGACCGAGGGAGCACAAAACCAGAUUGCGGUUAUUAAACUGGCCUCAAGGUCAAAUCACCCCAUGGGUAUCUUUGGGCCUGGAUAUAAACAAAUCGGAGAUUUCUUCAGUGCAAUGAUCGAAAACCUUACCGAGGACGAGGAUAGUGGGUUUCUUGGAUCGUCGUCCUACCUGUGUAAUGGCGAGCGGCUCACGGCCAACAGCAUUGCCACAUGCUGCUACUUCCGAACCGUAGAGGAUGUCCAUCGCUUUGCUCAUUCACCUCUGCACCGCGAAGCUUGGGACUGGUGGAAUAACAUCACCGCAAGUCAUCCUCAUCUCAGUAUCAUGCACGAAAUGUACAAUGCGCCGGCAAAGGGCUGGGAGAACAUUUACGUCAACAACCAUCGCACUGGUAUUGCUGUGGCAGCAAACAUCUACAAGCCUGUGAUCAUCAAUGGAAAAGAAUACCAGCCUAUCACCAACGCUGCUCGUGGGCCAUUGGCCACGCAAAAGGGACGAUUAAGACAGCCUAAGCUGUCAGCUGGGAAAGGGGAUCUCGAAAAGCAGGAGUCCGCCAAUGUUGAAUAUUGAGGAUUCCGUCUUCAUACUCCUCCGCAGUUGAACUCGACGCGCUUUUGCAACUUAGGCCUCCAAAUAAGUUAUACUUCGAGGCCGUUUUACAGCUUUUCAUCAGUGUUAAGAAGAGUCGUCAAACAUGGUUUUACGCAUGGAGAUGAGAAAAUGUAACUAUUAUAGGUCUAUUAUAUACUUGAAACAUGAAAUAAUUAUUUAC